UGAUAACUACCACUUUAAGCAUAAUGGUGCCCAGGAACAACUGGGACCAGCGCCAAAGGUUCUUAAAGCAGUACUUUGUUGCUUUUAAAAGCGAUGGCACCACAACCAAGGCUUUUAAGCGACAGGCAUACAACUUGCUGGAGGGAGACGUGAAAUAUAUCUUCGUUCACUACAUAGGAAAACAUACGGUAGCAUCAUCAGAUCCUAAAUACGAGAAACAUUUGAAUACUCCGGUCCCAUAUGGCUUUCAGACGAUGAACAGUGACGUCAGAACAGCCAGUUUUGGAGAUCAACAAGAGAGUGGAGAAUUAAAGACAUGCGAUAUGGAAUUUGAUCAUGAUCAACCAAACUCUCCUUUUGUCUUUUCUUCCCUGGAUGAAGUUAGUUCCAGGAAAAGGACACACGAACCUGAUGUUAUGGAGAAUGUGCAUGUGAAAAGUCCUAGACGUUCAGUGGGCGAAGGACGAGUCAUCGAAAGCACAUUGCCGGACAACAUCCCCGCUGAAUGUGUUCGUUAUCAGCAUGAUGAAAGACCGACCGGUCUUAGAUCAUUUACUGAAGAUGUGUUUAAGAAACGUACACAUAUUCUCAUCGCAAGGUGUGUGUUGAAACUGACAAAAUACUGGAGGAAAGACACGCGACUUUCUGCAUUAGAGAGUCCGUGUUUAUCACUGAUAGCUGACAUAGACCAUAAAUGGAAAAAUGACCUGGACGAAGUCAGUGACCGAUUGAUGUGGUCAAGACUUAGUCCGGGGGCUCUUGGCAAUGACCAGUGCAAGGAGACCUAUCGCAGACUUGUAUCAGCUGUCAUAGUAGGUGCAUAUCACAUGAACUCGGACAUUGUCCAUUUUGUUGAGACCCUUCAUUUGUACCCACCACAUGUGACGGUUGACUGCACAGAGACGGAGGACAAUGGUCCGGCAGAUCCUCAGAUGUGCAGUGUUGGGCCUCACAACAUACGGAGCAAGCAUCUCCUUGACCACACAGCAUGGCUUGGCGAUGAGGUCAUGAAUGCCUACAUGCUGGUUUUGAAGACUUCAUGGAACAGAAUACACAUACGUCACUGUACAGUCAUCGAUUCGUUCAUGGUCAAUCGGUGGGAAAAAGAAGAGUAUGGUGUGCAUCCAUGUAAGAGGCCCCAAGGGAUAUUUUUUAUCAUGUGUGUUGAUAUGAUCCUAGACAAUGACCAAGACAGACAGAGGUACGCCCAAUCUCAUUUACAAUCAAAGCCGGAAAACACGACCAGCAAAAGCGACAAAAAAACACGACCAACGGCGUUUAAAAAAACCACGACCAGCGGCGACAAAAAAAACACGAUAGCGACACGACAAAAACCGCGAUAG